AUGGGUGAGGCUUACGAUCCAGGGACCAUCUUCUGCCCCAGCCGAGAGUUGGCAGCCCGCAUCGGGAAUCAGAAGCCCCGGCAAACAACAACCCCGUCCUCAUUCUAUCGCAACCUGGAAGACGCACUAGAAGUUAAGAAGAAGUCACACACCUUCUAUUCCAUUCAACAGAACUUAUGGCAAGCGGCCGAGUCCACAGUCGACUUCAUCUCCAACGACAUUCUCUCCUUUGGAACCAGUGGUAUCCUGAAGCGAGAGUACCUGAAAGAGCUUUCCCGAUAUGAUCAACACAACCCUGGGGCGCCGGGAUCGCGACUCGCUGAAGGAAAUUACGCCUAUAUAGAAGAAACCGAGCAGCACAUUGCUAAGUUUCAUGGCGCUGAAUCGGCACUACUGCUGGCUUCCGGGUUCGAAGCAAACGUGGCCAUAUGGACGUCAAUACCACGACCGGGCGACGUAAUUAUAUACGAUACCUUGGUGCAUGCCAGCACUCAUGAAGGGAUUGACCAGAGUCUCGCAGGAGAACGGGAAAGCUUCGCGCACAACGACAUCGAGGACUUUCGCCGCAUUCUAACAUGGACCAUAGAAUCCAAUCCGUUGAUCCAAAGGGGCGCAAGAUCAGUCUUAGUAGCUGUUGAGUCGGUCUAUAGUAUGGACGGUGAUGUCUGCCCAUUGCAAGAGCUUGUCGAUGCCGCGAAGGAAUUGGCUCCUUCCGGAAGUGUCCAGUUUGUGGUGGACGAAGCCCAUAGUAACGGCAUUUAUGGGCCGCAAGGCAAGGGUCUUGUGUGCGCUCUUGGUCUGGAAAAAGAGGCCCAAGCGCAGGUCCACCAUCUCGUAGAUCUCUUCUUACAGUCAAUCGUAUCGCACCCCCUCUGGGAAAGCGCAGAGCAAGUCGGGCUACUCGCCAUCCCUCUACUAAAAGACUGGGAAGGAUCACCAACGGCGACAUCCCACAUCAUCACUAUCCGCACCCGACAACUUUACACAUACUGGCUGUAUUUCCACCUACUACUAGACGGAUACUGCGUGUUCCCAGUCGAGCACCCCGUCGUCGCCAAGGGCGAAAGUCGCUUAAAGGUUACAUUCCACGCCGGCAACACGGAAGAGCAAGUAAGCGGGAUGGUAACAUCAAUUUUCGCGUGGAUCCAGGAAAUGAUGGAAAUCGAGGGAAGCCAGGAUCAUGCGCAGCGAAUCAGCGUUUCGCAAGCUGCCCACAAGCCUGAAGUAUUCGAACGCUGUAUGAACAACAACUACUACUCCAGCCUGUACCCGGCGCAGGCGGCAAUGAAGCUGUGGACUCAAGAUGACGAAGACUCUGCGAUGCCAUCAAGCCCAAAGUUGAGGAAGAUUGUGUUUGUGAAUAGUUCUGCAUCGCUUGUCCCGGCACCUGGCUACCUAGCAUACUCCGGUAAGUGGUUAUGUGUUGUCAUAGAAUGGUACAAGCCUCAGAGGCAGUAUACUAACUGGUACUGUGUUCAUCAAGCCGCUAAAGCUGCCCAACGCUCACUUGCCGACACCCUACGCAUGGAAGUAAUGAGGUACUCAGGCCCAAAGAGCACGUACGCCGUCCAAUGUAUCUUUGCGCACAACUUCAUCACGCCAACCUUUCUACAAGAGCAAAAGACCAAACCCGAGCUUACCAAGCGCAUUGAAGGCACGUCGGGCGAGCUUCACGAGUUAGAGAAGCAAUUUCCCUACGCUGCCAAGAUUGCGCCGGAGAUCGUGGCAAAUGUCGCAAGCGGUGACUAUGCUGUAUGUGAUGGGAGAUUCGAUCCUCAGCUAUUGUGGGCGAAUGCUAUGGGUGCGAGUCCGCGGCGUGGAUGGGGGAUCGUGGAUACGCUGAUGGCCAUGUUUAUGCUUCUCGCGUGGCCAUUCGUGAGGCGUGAUAUGGAGAAGAAGUGUUGGGGUGAUGCGUUGGGUGCAAAACAGGAUGAAGAUACGAAAUCAUGA